AGUGCACAUUUGUCCAUCGCUAAAUUGCGCGCCCUUUGCAUUUUGUGCCUCUGGUUGAUAAUUUUAACUUUUUUUUAAUGAUUUUCGAAGGAAAAAUCAUUUUUGAUAUUUUAAAAAGGUCACUUACUGAAAAAUUAGACACCCAAAAUGUCCGGAGAAGCUGAGUUGGCCUCCAAAUGGACACGACCCGAUGAUUUCAUACGGCUCCAGCUGCUCAAGCAAAAGAAAAAGCGUUUGGCCGCCCGUGUGAGCAACAACAAUAACAACAAGAGAGCGGACCUCCAGUUGGAUGAAACGGACAAAACCAAACUCUUGGAAGCAAAGUUGGCACAGAAGCGAAAAAAUCCCUUCGCCAAGUCCACAGAUGAUGCCAAGAAGCAAAAAAUCGAUCUGGAUUUGCCCAAUAAAGAGCCUGUCACCGCUUCCUCCUGUUUUGUGCGAGAGACACCAACUCGCCCGCCGCCCGCAAAGUUCCUACUGCAGAAAUUCGAUCCGCAGGCCUUUCAGAAGUUGCUGCACCAACCCCAUAUUAAUGCCGAAGAGGAGGAUGAUGCUGAUUUGGCGGCCCGACAAAAACACACAACCCACCUGCCUGUGGACUGGUGCUUGAAGUCGCGUGCUCGCUUUUUCUGUCCAACAGAGCUUCCAGCCAUUCAGCUGAAAACAUCCCAGCUGGCCAGCGGGCUUACCAGUUUUGUCCGCUGUAUGGAUCCCCAGCGAACCGAAAGCACACUAGACAUCUCGGAUGCCACUCGUUUCAACCAGUGCACCUACUAUUGGCAGCAUCCCCAUCUGCCAUGGCUGACUCUUUUUCCUCGUAACGCCAAGGAGAAUAACGGCGUGGUCAUUGGUGAAAAGGAACGAAAAGCAUUGGCCGAAGAGUGGGACUACAGCUUUCGCGGAUUGUUUCAGUUGUUGCGCGCCCGCCAGUGUCCGUACUUUUACGUGUGCGCCAAUUCUUUUACCGUCUUGUUUCGAGCAGCCGGAGUGGGCGGUCGGGCAGAGAGCCAUGCUCUGGUUACACCCUCUACUCGGGGCAUGCGGCAAGCAUUGCGGCAGGAGGGAAUUGAAUUCAGCAUGCCCUUGAAAAAUGAAACUGCUGGAAGUAAUGGAAACGACGGUAGUUUCACUGAGGAUACCAAUAGUACCAGCUCCGUGGUCCAAGAACCCCCUGAAGAAGCAGCUCCCUUGGCCCAAGAAGACGAAGACGAUGACGAGGACUGGCUUGAGAGUUUAGGUGUGGAUGAACGAGAACUUCGACGUAUACAAUCCUCUCAUGCGCGCAAACAGCAAGCAGCUGAAAUGCGUGAGGACUUCAGCGACAACUCACUGCUCCUCAUCGAUGGCGUGGAGUGUCAGGGAUUCUUUAGCUACCUUCUAAAUGCCAAAAGUGCUAUUAGUACUGUGGGCCGUUUGGCCGGAGUGCCUCCCACUCUUCUAUCGCCAGUUGCUUUUCCGAAAGCUACUAUGCAGCAUUUGGUACCGCGUUCAAAGAAAGUCCGCCUCGAUGGCGUCGACUACUUUAGCGUGGACAUUAAGGGUGUUAUAAUGCCCACUUUCCUACCCAGCGUUGUUGAAUUAUUUUGCGAAACUCGUGAGAUGUUUAGCUCCACGUUGGCUAGCAGCAUCAAUACUCUAGCGUUUAGCAAAGCCACCCAAAAGCUUCUCGAGAGCCCAGAGGCGCCUCAGUCGGAAGGAGAUGAAGAGGACGCUGCCGGACACGUCUUUGGUGAGCAAAAUCUUUCCGAAUGCGGAUUGCUGCCCUCUGUAGUUGGUUCCAUAUGCAGAACUGGCCAACACGCUGUGGGUCUUCUGGAGCGUGUUUGCUACCAGAAGGGCGAAGGAUUUGCCUGGAGCUAGGACGGAUUGUAUCUUAGUACCUUAUUCCAUCCUCUUUU